CCUGCAUACAACCUCACAUUCGCACACUUACACCUUCACCACUACAAAAGCUCUAUACAACAGCGAGCAGCAUGGGUCAACAUUACAAGCCCACAAUCGACGCGCAAGUCGUCAAAGUCUUUGUUCUCGAGACUGAUACUCCUCAUCCUGAUACUCAGACCGAGCGCGGUUCGUUUGGUGAGAUUCUGCAUCGCCAUUUUUCAGAGGCUGGAAGCAAGCAUCAUCCUCCGCUGGGCGUUGAGACAGAGCAGGUCUUUGUCGUGACAGAAGAGGGCGGUCGCAUGCCGAAGGUGGAGGAGUUUGAGGGUUACGAUGGGCUGCUCAUUACGGGCAGUAUGUAUGACGCGCAUGGCGACAACCAGUGGAUUCAUGACUUGCUCGAUCUUUUGAAGCAACUAUGGAUAAAGCGCCCAGACUUUCACUUCACAGGCGUUUGCUUCGGCCAUCAGGUCCUCUCUCGUCUUCUAGGAGGCAAAGUCGGCCCGUCACCUACCAACGACUGGGAACUUGGUCACAAUGCAAUCACCCUCACACCUGUAGGCAAACGCCUCUUCCGUACACACGAUGACAAAGUCUACCUCCAUCAAAUGCACCAAGACCAAGUUCUCGAAGCCCCCACGGUCGAGUCAUCCAACGGCCUUCUCAAGCCCGACACCGACGUCCAUGUUUGGGGUACGAGUAAUCACACAUCCAUUCAGGGAUUAUAUAUUCCCAACCGGCUAUUCACGUCACAGGCGCAUCUGGCUUUUGAUGAGGACAUGGUCAAGAGACAGAUUCAGAUGAGAAUUGACAGUGGUGGGAUCAAGGAUCUGGAGCAUGCGGAUCGGGCGGCUGAGACGGCGGAUCUAGAACAUGACGGAGAGCAAGUUGCGUCAGCGAUUCUGAGGCUGUUUAGAUACGACGAUGAUGGUAUGUCGUGGGACUAAACUGGUUUGCAUAGACCGGAAAAUAGAUGGCAAAUUUGGGUAAAAUGUUCUGAAAGGAGGUCUAAUA